AUGUUUGCUAAAGCCACACGGGAGCUGCUACGUCAGGUUGAUCCAGAGGGCACGCUGAUUCCUGUUUCACGGCUCAAUGACUCCGAUAAACUGGAGCCUCUGGCCGUGGUGCUGAAACGCACACCUGUCUGGUUCUGGCAGAGAGCCAAAUACCGGCCUACGGACUUCACCCUCAGUCACCUGCUGCUAGGAGGCCCCAUACAGCCAGAGUUAGAGGAAAGUGAGUUUUUAAAGUACAAGGGCACAUAUGGAGGGAAUGUGGGCGUGGCUGUGCGGGCAGGAGCAGGCGGAGUCCGUCUAAAUCUGGAGGCCCAGGCAUGCGCUAAGCUCCAGUCAACCUUCGGGAAACUUCGCAAGCAAGAUGUGAAUGUGCAGAGACUGCUGCUGGAUUCUAGAGACAAGAUGGUGAACAUGCAGCAUUCCCUGAUUAAACAGAGGCUGGGCUGUCAGGUGUUGGCCGUGCUGAAAGAACGCAUCAUUACCACUCGUCCCUGUACCAUCACUCACACCGGGCAGGACCAGGGCAGUUGUGCGGCCAUACUGGGAGCACUGGGAGCUAAGACUGUACAGGUGUGUGUGAAAGACAGCAACACCCUGCAGCUAGACAGAGAUGUCACCAUGGAGAUCCCACCUAACACUGUUAUUGCCUACAGUGUCAUCGAACUGAAUAUUAAAAGCAAUGGCCAAUAUGAUCUGUGCCUACAGCCUGAUGUCUUCGGUGGGUUUGAAGAGAUCUGCGAGGCCUCUGAGAACUGUGGAAUGUUAGAAGUGGAUGGUGUGUCUGCUAUACCUGCAAUCAAAGAGGGAGAAUUGCUCAGUGUUUUGAAGAAAGCUCUCUCCGGUGUGAAGCCUGUUUUGUGUGUGUUGACUGACAUGUCCAUUCAGGCUCGUGACAUCGUCCUCUCACAGCUGAGACAGAUUCUUAGGGACCGCCUCUCCGCCCGUCUCACCCUAUCAGUGCUGGAGGAAAAGCUGAGCGGGAUGUGCCAGGGUGAGACUCCAGACUCCGCACUCUUUGAACUGUCUCACCCUCUGAGCCUGGUCAUUAGGUCAUUUCUGGAAAUGGUUCAACCUGAUGCAACCAAUAGGAACGGAGAGACUGCAACACCAUCCAAUCAGAAUGGAUCUCCAUUUUCGGCAUGCGAACAGAAUCAGUCCUCCAUGGAAGCCGUCAGUCAGAACGGAUCUCAUUUAUCACCAUCCAGUAAAACUUCAUCUUUACCACACACAAAUCAGAAGGGGACCUCCAUGGAAACACCCAAUCAGAACAGAUCAUCAGCAAAACCACCCAAUCACAACCAAACACUCCUAACAGCUAUGCACCUGUUAGUCAGCAGCAUUGAAGAGCUGAGUGAUGAGGGCCUGGGGCUGAUUGAAGGCUGCUGCUCUCCUGAUGUUCUCAGGGCUCUGGGUCGUCUGGUGAGUUAUCUGGUGUCUGCCCCACAGCCCCUCCCCCUGCACAGUAUGCCCCUCCCCUUACAGAAUGAGGAUGUGUUCCAGAGGGCGGAGCAGCUCUUCAGAUCAGCCAAUGUGCUGUUCAGGAGAGAGAGGGAUGGCCUGUGUGCAGUGAUCGGCGAUGGUGAAGAGCACCUUCCCCUCAACCUGUGUAUCACCCUCGCUGGCCUGGACUACCUGUGUACACAACCGGAGUAG